AUGCUAGAAUUACCAUAUUACACUAAGCUUGUUCUUCAGCGGCCGCCACAAUUGUCCCCGCGGGAUCUUUAUGAUGCUAUCACUCUGAUCAUCGAAACACUGGCCUCCGAUUCAAACGACUCUGUGGAAGUAUAUGUGCCCAUUGCCGGUUUUUUGACAGCCUUACGAGCUUCCGGACUCGACUUAAAGGCUGCGUACAUUGCACAGGCUGCAGAGGCCGUCCUGCAGUAUUCCAACGUCGUCAAACUCGAUUCUCCUUUCAGCUCAUCCAAUGUCACGACAAUCGACAUUGUUGGCACCGGAGGAGAUGGCCAAAAUACCUUCAACGUUUCAACGUCGUCUGCAAUCGUCGCUUCCGGGAUCUCGGGCAUUAAAGUGUGCAAACAUGGUGGGAAAGCCUCCACAUCCAAUAGCGGUGCUGGAGAUCUGAUCGGAGUGCUUGGCUGCGACCCAUCCAAAGUCAACCACCGCACGGUGCCGCAGCUGUGGGACGACAACUCGUUUCUAUUUCUACUUGCGCCGUUUUUCCACAACGGCAUGAAACACGUGGCGCUCCUGCGUAAACUGCUGAAGAUACCCACCAUUUUCAACGUCCUGGGCCCCAUGCUGCAUCCAGUGAGCUGUGUGCAGAAACGAGUUCUUGGUGUUUACGCCGAGUCGCUUGGUUUAGAGUACGCCCGCGCCGCUGCCAUGGUGUACCCCGAGAGCGAGGUUUUCGUCGUGUGGGGUCACGUUGGUCUGGACGAAGUCUCACCAAUUGGCAAAACCACUGUGUGGCACGCAAAACCCGGAAACAGCUCGCAAAUUGACUCUUUCGAACUAGAGCCCUCGAUGUUUGGCCUGCAAGAACACCCAUUGAGUGAAUGUGCCUCUUUGGGCCCCGAGGAAAACGCCAAAAUCCUCACAACAAUGCUAGACGGCAAGUACCAUGCCGGCGAGAACGCCAUUUACGACUACAUUCUGCUCAACACAUCAGUGCUAUAUUGUUUGUGCAACAACAACCAAAACUGGGUUUUGGGUGUACAAAAAGCCGAAGAGGCCAUACAUUCGGGCAGGGCCAAGAACUCGCUCACGAAAUUCAUCUCGGACUCUCAAGCUCUAUGA